AUGGACGAGCCUAUUGCGGAGCGUGAGAUCACCCCUGCUGUUUCCGAGAACUCCAAGCAUGCCUACUGGAUGAAGGAGGCCCUGAAGAUGGCUGAGACAGCCUUGGAGCACGGAGAGACUCCAGUGGGAUGUAUCCUAGUCUACGAGGACAAGAUCGUGGGACGGGGCAUGAAUGACACCAACCGCUCGAUGAAUGGAACCCGCCAUGCCGAGUUCCUGGCAAUUGCAGAAAUGCUCCUGAGCUACCCCAAGUCUGCCCUCAACUCCACCGACCUCUACGUGACCGUCGAGCCUUGCAUCAUGUGUGCCUCGGCCCUCCGGCAGUACCGAAUCCGAAGUGUGUACUUUGGCUGUGCCAAUGACCGCUUUGGAGGAACUGGUGGUGUUCUGAACAUUCAUUCCGAUCACUCCAUCGACCCGCCUUACCCAGUGUAUGGAGGCCUGUUCCAGAAGGAAGCCAUUAUGCUCCUGCGCCGCUUCUACAUCCAGGAGAAUGACAAGGCACCGAAACCCCGACCCAAGAGGAACCGCGAGCUCAAUACUGCAUUUGACAGCGUGCCCGAAAUCGGGACUGCCAUCAACGAAGGCGAUGAGUUGCCAAGCUCGUAG